UGGCAAAGUUGGGACGCGAAGGAACGGGGAUUGUGGUGCCAUUAUUGUUGUUGUUGAUUUAUCUCACGGUUAAAAACUAAAAACGGCGUCCGUGUUAAGGACAUUUAAAGGGAAUGAAUUUCGCGCGAGCUCCGGCGGGCGAUGCGAAUUGUUUGUGAGCGAAAGAGCGGCCGCUGGUUACAAUGUAACGGGAGGGUCAUCGUCAUGGCUACGAAGCCAUCAUUCAUUGUUAUGGAUAACAACAAUAACAACUUGCAACAGCAAUAACUACAAAGGAUUUCAAGUCUAACACAAUUUAGCUGGCGGCUAGCGUGGAGACCGUUCAAAGCUUCAUGGCCAUGGCUGGAAGUGUGAGCGGAGCGUCCAGAGCGAAAGGGGCCUGGCAGGGCACCCCCCCAUCGCAAUCUGAGGAGUGCAGUCCGGGUACCUGGUCUGAACGCUGGUCUGGAUCUCGAACACCCGAUCGUUUGUCCGUCGCACCCAGCCACUACAACGUCAGCACGCCCAUCAUUGUGCUCCCCAGACGUAAAAAGAAGGCGUUCACAGUUCUGCCGAACGCUACACCGGGACGAUGGGGCCCCCCGCGCGCGGCACGCGUUCUGUAUGGCGGCGGCGGCGGUGGCGGCAUCAGGGAUGCACGAAGACUGGAGCGGCGCGUGCAUUCCGCGCGACUGCGAGCGUCGCGGGAGCUACGGGACGAGGCGGUGGCGCUGACGCGGCGUCUGGCCGAAGUUCGCCACGAGAACAUCGCACUAUGGGGAGCUCAGCGUCGCCACCAGCUCGCCAUCAACGCCUUCGAGGUGCCGGAGGGCGGCCUGGGCCACGCGCUGGACUCGCACGCGCGCGAGUCCCGGCGCCUGCGGGAGGCCACGCGGGUCGCUCGCGAGGCGGAGCGGGGCCACGUGCGCGCCGCCGUGCGCGUCGAGGCGCUGGGGCGGCGCGCGUGCCUCGACCUCGAGGCACUGGCGGCGCUCGCGUCCGACGAUGCGCUGCCCGACGAGCCGCGCCUGCGGGCGGCGUUGCUCGACGUCGAGCGCAGGCUGCUGGGGACGCAGCCACGCGUGCAGGAACUGCAGAAAAGUCUGGAGGUGAAUGUCAGCAAUUUCACACGGCAGUUUCGAGCAGAGCGGCACAGCCUGGCGGAGACACAAAGCCUUCAGAGGGCCCUGCAGGUCCAGGUCGACUGUCUGGCCCAGCAGCUGCGGGAAAAGGAUCGGGAGCUGGACAUCCAAAACAUUUACGCGAAUCGUUUUCUCAAGGGCUCGUCGAAGAAAGAUGAUGAUUCAGAUCAAGCAAACAAAGCAGUGCAAACAGACAGCUACCUGGAGAGAGAGUGGCUCGAGCAACUGCGUAGAGAGAGGGAGAGGAGAGAGGAAGAGGAGAGGGCGACACGCGAGUUGGAGGAGAGGCGCGAGAGGGAGGCGAGGGAGCGGGAGGAGAACGCGAGACGAGAGACAGAGAGGAGAGAGCGGGAGGAGAGAGCACGCAAGGAGAGGAGGGAGAGGCAGCGGAGAGAGAGGCUGGAGAGGGCGAGACUUGCUCUCCUGCGCGUCGAGAGGGAGAGGGACCUCGCCCUGCAGAGGCAGCGCGAACGGCACGAGGAGGAGCAGCAAGCGCUGAGGCUCAUCAAAGAACGAGCAAGACAAGAAGCUGAAAGGAGGGCGCAGGAAUUGGCGGCCAAGAUGGCGGAGUCACUCAAGGUGCAGGACGGUCCACCAGCCACGUCGCAAAACGGCGACGCCCUCACGGACGACGGUGGCCCCAAGCAACGGCAGCGGCCCACCCAGGCGCGGCGCGUUUACCGCUUCACCGACCCCGUGGAGAACAUGUACCGGGGACGGCCGGCCUACGGGAUGGGCGGCGCCACCGCCGCCACCCGGCCGCCCGGGGCACGCAACGCCAGCGGUGGCGGCGGCACGGACGCGGCUUCCAACGCAGCCGCGUCGAGACCGCUGAUAAACAGAGCCGUCGAGGAGGCGAGAGUCAAGGCCGAGCUCGCCGAACUGAUCUUGGGACCGGCCGGCGAUAAAUCAUCGCGCUCCGGAUUGGUCAACGGCGGCGUCGGAGGUUGCAGUGCUGCAUCCCGUCCAGCGCGGGUGGAAGAGUGUGCGGCGCACGGCUGCAGCAGGAGGUGGCACAGGGUACGGCGUGACGCGGUUGCGAGUGACGGGUCGGCCAUGCAGCCCAAGCUACCACCGCAGGACAUCAACGAGGAUCCGCGAUGACGUUGCCCGUGCACAUGGACGUUAACUUUCAUUGUUAGUUGUUCCGCAAUGCCCUGACGGUUUGCACCGGGCAUUAUUCGGCAAUGUCCGACGUUUUUCUCCACAUGUCGAGAGCUUCUUUAGGAACGGAAUUAUCAGAAUGUGGAGUGAAGCAUCGGACAUCAUGCCGAAUAAAACGUGGUAAAACCCGAAGAUGCAUUAGAGAGCUAUAAAGCGCAAACUGUGAACUUUGAAUGUUGAACAGUAUUUCUCACACAUCGUUUUGAUGGUUGCUGUUUUAAAACGGAUUUUUUUCUCGAGUAAAUUUUUGUUCUCAAUGGUAGUGCCAAUCAGCGAGUAGAUUAAACUUGGAUUUGUUUUACUUGAUAGACGUCCAACACAUACCCCAACGCUAGGUGUGAAUGAAUUGUGUUGACCCUGUAGUGGUGAGCUUGACCCUGAGCAUCAACGCACACUGUUUGAACCAGGUGGUUUUUUUCUGUACUUUUAUCAAGUACUAUCCUCUCAGAUAGGCAAAACCUAACAGUGUGCAUGCAUAUUGUAGCUUUUUUCAUGCGGAAUACAGGAAAAACAAAUACGUGAACUUUCCUUGCAAUGCACGUCCCAUUAGAACACUUUGUAAGCAAAUCAGCUUCGUUUUUACUCGUGUAUGUACAAGAUACACAUGUGUAUCAAAGGUGCUGGUAUUCUCUGAUGUAAGGAUUAUUGAUCAUUUUAUCUAAACCCGCAGGAAACGUGAAACAUUCCAUAAGCUUUGAUCAAGGCAAAUCUAGGUGUAAAUUCAGUGGCUACCACAUUCACGAUUGCAUUAUUCAUUUAUUAAUACAAUUUCUGCAUUGGCUUACCUUCGAGUCAUCUGCUUCGAUGUUGAAAUUGGCGCACCAUCAACACAUGAACAUUGACAUAACAACAGAUGCUAAUGCGUACAUUAUACAAGAUCAUCAACGAGGCUGGAUUGCAGCUGUGGAUCGCAUCAAUGUAGAUUCUCAGAUUCUCACCACAGUAUCACUAAAUGGACAAUCCAAACCUCAGUGCGCCAGCUCUUCCUUGUAUAUCCAAUUGGGUAUUUUAUAAUAAUUUAAAUGGAUAAUCCCUGAGCUGGAGCAUCUCAUUUGCAAUGUUGGAAUUCUGAAUUUGGUGCAUCAUGUGUUGUAGAUUGAGAUGGGAAUGCAAGGGCUCAAGCGUAGCCAUCGAACAAAGACGGUUUACCGCAUCGCGCAGCGCUUUCAGAUGCGCUUCUGCGGCCGUCUGGAACGCUCUACCGAUAUUAGGAAGCCACUGGAGCUAUGCACUUUUAAAUAUAUAUUGAAAACUCUUUUAUAACUGAUUGUCGUGUUUAGUGUGUUGUCCUUCCGCACCUCCGAUUAGCACGGUUGGCUACGUACGGUGUAUACAGAAUCAGAAGGGUUGGACUAUUUAUCCACGCCAUGCUAACUACUGCUUACCGUGCACAGUGCCACAACAUUUCAUUGGCUAUUUAUACUGAGAAAUAAAAUGUAUUUUUUACAUGUAUACAAACCACCACUACAUGUAUUUUUGUAAUGUUCGACUAAGUCUUUUAAAAAAAUUAGAGAAUAGGAUACUGCCAGUACAACACAAACUACAACGUUUAAGAAAAAUAUACAUAACUCAGUGGUGAAUUCCAUUCUUAUCUUUAUAAACCAAAACAUAAUGAGAUAUUUUACUAAUUUAUUGACACUGCAGUGUUAGAGACUGAAACUGUUACAAUACACGUGUGAUUGGGCAAAGUAAAAUGCACUAGGGUACAUCAAUAUUUAAUUUUCUGUCAAUUUUGCUCCCUGUUGACACGAGGCAGAUGGCUUUUAGACACCGGCCUGGAGAGGUGCCGUGUUGAUCCAAGCCACGUGCUUUCAAGGUGCUAGGUUAUAUAUUCGGGCUCAAAAUGCGCUGUCGCCUUAUUGUGAAGACUGGGUACUUCUAAAGUAAAUAAAGUUUGUACCACCAGUUUAAUUCUGCAAGGGUGCCUCACCAAGAAAUCACACCGUCAGCUUCAUAGCGGAUGUUACAGAUACCAUGCCAUUCGAAAGCGAGGAGGCCACGUGUGCCAGGUUCACAGUUCAAAUCUGCCAGAUUUUAAAAUCUACCCACAAAUUACUUAAUUAGGUAAAACCCAUAUGGCAAUAUCGCCCCCUACUGGCAGACUCUACCCAUCUGUGAAACAUAUCACCUUCAUAAUAGCCCCCAUGAUAUGAGAAUGGCGUGAUUACCAAGUGUACUAAUUUGUAAAUGUUCUUAAAUUAGUUUCAAUACCAUGGGGAAUGCUGUGGGAGUACUUUGGAUUUUUUUAUUGUACUAUCAGUUAAAUCUAUAAUCCAUGGGAAUUCGGAAUAAACAACUAAGCAGCACUGUGUUAUAGGAGGAUAUGGCAGGAAAAGCCCUAUUCAAUUAAAGUAUUGCAUCAUUCUAACGUUGAGUCGUGAAGUACGUAAAGGUCUUCUUAUUUGGUUCUUUUGGUAAAGUCACGUAGAUAGAAACAAAAAAGUGUACUGGCAGUCUAUAAUGUAGACUGU